AUGAUUGUUCAUGGGUACAGGGAUGCAAUAAGAUUUGGGAAACAUCUAAUGAUCUGUGGCACCGUGGGUUAUAGCUACAGAGGAAGUGAGCUGAAUACUAGCCGCAUCUGUUCCUUGAACUCUGCUUCAUUUCUGUGGGAGGAAUUGAUCACCUGCCUCAGGAAAAGAGCCACCUGGGACCCCAGCUGCUCUAAACUUCUGAGGCCACUGAGUAACACCAAUGAGCAUCAGCUUUCUUUUCAGCAAUGGGCAUGCAGUCUUCAGGAAACUGAAAUAUGGAUUGAUACUUCUACCAGCCUUCCCAGGCUGCAACAAGGUGGAGACGACUUACAGAUGUUCGUGCAGUCUAUAAGAAGAUGCAUCAUGCGGGAAAUGAAUGCAAACACAUUCUGUGUGCAGACAUCCAUAAACCCUGGGUUGAAUUCUUACCUCCAUCUCCAGCACCAUGUCUACCUCUAUGCCGCAAUGCUUCCCCCCAUGAUGGAAACCUCUGAACUAAAGAUGCUCUCAUCUCUGCAAAAGGGGGCUGUUGUCUACGACGAUGAUCUGGAGCUCAAGUGGUUUCUGCUUCUUCAAGGCAGCUGGUCUGAUUUUGGAGGCUUCUUGGUGCUUUUCUCCUCUGAGAGUCUUUGCCGCCAAGUUUGCCUGAGAGCCUUCUUGGCAGCCCAGCUUACUCUGUUAGAAUUUGAUUCAAAGAACCUUGCAAUUGCUGCUCUAGAUCUCAAUGACUCUCUCCCUUUCAUGGAGAGUACCCAGUGA